AAGGUGUGGCUCAUUAAAGAUCACCCGAGGAGCAGUAAUGGCGGACACUCCACCGUUUGACUUGUUCUCUUCUCAUGACUUCACUCCUCCUCCUCUCCCUCCUAUUGACGAUGAGGAAGAGGAACAGAGAGAAGGAGGUGCCUUUGAUCCGACCCGAAAAGAGAGGGACCUAUUCUCCAGCAGAGAAGAAGAGAAAGACUCACUUCACUUUGACCCUGGUCCCUCUCUCCUCCCUACCCCUCCUCCUCCUCUACCAGCCCCAGCCCCUGACCCACCGACCCAUGUCAUUGGUAUAGACCUUGGUACCACAUUCUCCUGCGUCUCUGUGUGGGAGAAUGGUCACCCGGUCGUCAUUGCUAAUAAAAAUGGAAAGAGGACCACUCCCUCUUGGGUCUGCUUUACCAAGGACAUGGUGUUUGUAGGUGAGGCUGCAUUUAGCAAAGGCUCUCGACAUCCAACCUCAGCCAUUUAUGAUGCCAAGAGAAUGAUCGGUAGGAAGCUGAGUGAUGAAGCUAUACAACAGUCACUCAAGCUGUGGUCCUUCACAGUGACGGAGUAUAGAGGAGGGAACUGUGCCAUUCAAUUGAAACCUGACGUAGCACCUUCAGGCCACACACAAGUACUUUGUCCGGAGGAAAUCUCAGCCUAUGUACUCGCCAACAUGAAACAGACUGCAGAGGAUUAUCUUGGUUGUCCGGUGACAAGAGCUGUCAUUACAGUCCCCGCCUACUUUAACGACGCCCAGCGCCAGGCCACCAUUGAUGCUGCCAGUAUAGCUGGACUUAAAGUUGAGAGGAUCAUUAACGAACCAACCUCAGCUGCUCUUGCUUACGGUAUUGAGAAAAAAUCAACCGAAACCAAAGCCCAGACCUUACUAGUGUACGACCUGGGGGGAGGGACUCUUGAUGUUACAGUUCUGAUAGUGGACGGGCAAGUUUUUGAGGUUCGUAGUACCAGUGGAGACACUCAUCUCGGGGGACAGGAUUUUGAUAAUAAUUUGGUUCAAUUUUUUAUGCCUCAAGUCAAAGAGCAAUAUGAUGAGGACAUCAGGAGAAAUGAUAAAGCUCUGAAGAAGUUAAGGGAUGGUUGUAGAUCAUUGAAGCACGACCUCUCUCAUUCUACUGAAGCUGCCAUUGAGAUUGAUGCUCUAGUGAACGGAGAAGAUUUCGAAUCAUCUUUAACACGAGAUCAGUUCAAUGAAAUCAAUUCUGAUCUGUUUAAACGCUGCCUUCAACCGGUCGACCGUGCCCUAGCCGACGCCCACCUGACCCCUGCUGGUAUUGACGAAGUUGUUCUGAUUGGUGGGUCUACUCGAAUCCCAAAAAUACAAGAACUUUUGGCAGACAAAUUCCCAGGAAAACCACUCAGUAAGCGGAUCAAUCCUGAUGAGGCUGUAGCUAUGGGGGCAGCUAUUCAAGGAGCUAAUCUAUCUCAGAGCAUCGAAGAGAAGAACUCUCGUCUUUCUGGUAUCACACUAAUGGACGUGGCCCCGAUGAGCCUGGGUAUUGAACUGGCCAGUGGGAAGAUGAGUACUUUAAUUCAACGGAACACCACAAUACCUUACUCUCACUCAAGGACCUAUAAGAAUAACGAAGACUAUCAGACUGAGGCCACCAUUGAAGUCUUUGAAGGAGAAGAGAAGACAGCUAAGAAGAACAGGCUACUGGGUCGGUUUAUAGUACCAGGACUACCGCCCCGACCAAGGGGACAGGUUGAGAUACCUGUGGCCUUCUCUCUUGACGUUAACGGGGUUCUUGAGGUGAGCGCUUACGUGAAGGGGGAACAAGGAACCAAGAAGAGUUUAGUGAUAAAGAAAGACAAAGGUCUCCUAACUGAGGAGGAGAUUAAGAAGAGAGGGAAGGAGUUACAGGACUGGGAGAGAAAGUGUCGUACUAAUAAAAUAAACUAAUGAAUGACAGACAAUUAUUGCUUUCUAUUAUAAUCGUUUAAAUGUUUUAAUAAUUACUGAGUGCUAUAUAUAGAAUAAUUAAUAAUGACAAUAAAACUGAAUUCAAUGUAGUUUUAAAGAGAGACAGAUACUGAUUGACAAACAAAACAAAUACAUCAUUGUAUAAAGUAAUAAUGAUGAUGAUUAUUAGUUUGUGAUUCAAUGUGGUAUCUCUUGAAAUUUAGCCCAAACAUUGUCAACAAA